UGGAUGGGCUUGGACGCAUGCCCCGCCAGGGCCACGGUCGGGCACUUUGCGCCACGCAGCGCAGCGUCCAGUCAAGAAGCAGCUGGCGGACAUUGUCUAGUAGGGAAUGCAGCUGCAGCCUCCAGCCAGGUUCCGUCUCUCUGUCAGCAAACAGUAAUAGCAUCGCCUCAGUACAUACCACCCUCCUCAUCUCCUUUUCACCACCACCAUCCGUCCCACGCUUUCGUUCAGACGCACAUCUCUCGACAUUGCUGCAAGGUGAGCGAGCGGAGCAAGGCAGCACCGCACAUACAAAGCACGACUCCCAUUCCUCAAAUAGCACUCAGAGCCUCCGUCUCGCUUUCCGUGGGUCACACACACACACGCACACACAUACAUCCCCCCCACCAUGUCGGCCCAAACGCAGGCCAAGAAGCAGCUCAAGGAGUACACACGCGAUGAGGUCGCAAAGCACAACAAAAAGGGCGACUGCUGGAUCAUCAUCGAUGCCCAAGUCUACAACGUCAGCAAGUUUGUCGAGCUCCACCCCGGUGGAGAGAGCGUCUUUUACGAUGAGGAUGUCGCAGGUCAGGAGGCGACCGAGACGUUCUUCGGCUUGCACCGCCACGAGGUCCUGCUCAAACCGCAGUACCAGCGUCUGAUCAUCGGCAAGAUCGCCGGCGAAGAGUCCAAGAUCAAACCCCUGCCACUCGGGUCCAUAUCGCCCGUGCCGUAUGGCGAGCCGACGUGGUUGCAGCCCAAGUUCUACACCCCGUACUACAACGACUCGCAUCGCCGCCUGCAGCGCGAGGUCCGCGCGUACGUCGACACGCAGAUCGUCGACAUUGCGCAGGCGUGCGAGGCGAACGGCAAGCGCCCAGACCUUGCGCUGGUCAAAGACAUGGGCGCCAAGGGCCUCAAUGCGAUGCGCAUGGGUCCCGGCAAGCACCUGCACGGCCGCAAGCUCUUUGCCGACAUUAAGCCCGAAGAGUUUGACUACUUCCACGAGCUCGUCAUCACCCAGGAGCUCGUCCGCUGCGCUGCCCGCGGCUUUGGCGACGGCCUCAACGGAGGCAUGGUCAUCGGCUUGCCCCCCAUCCUCAACUUUGGCUCUGACGAGCUCAAGGCUGAAAUUGUCGAGCCUGUUCUUGCGGGCGACAAGUUCAUCUGCCUCGCCGUCUCGGAGGCAUUUGCCGGAUCGGACGUCAUGGGCACGCGUACCUUUGCCCAGAAGCAGGACGACGGCAGUUACAUUGUCAACGGUACCAAAAAGUGGAUCACCAACGGAAUGUUCGCAGACUACUUUACAACGCUCGCCAAGACCGAUGAUGGAUUCGCGGUCUUGUGCAUCCCGAGGACCGAGGGCGUCGAGACGAAGCAGAUCAAGACUUCGUACUCUACCACUGCCGGUACUGCUUACAUCACUUUCGACAACGUUCGCGUCCCGGCCAAGUACGUCGUCGGCGAAGAUGGCCUCGGUAUCCAGAUUGUGCUGUCCAACUUCAACCAUGAGCGCUGGGUGAUGUGUUGCUCAACGAUCCGCUCGAGCCGCGCGGUAUGCGAGCAGGUCAUGCUGUGGAUCAACCAGCGCAAAGCGUUCGGCAAGUCGCUCUCGUCUCAGGCCGUCGUGCGGCAGAAGCUGGGCGCGCUACUGAGCCAGGUUGAGGCCGCGCAGGCGUGGCUCGAGGUGGUCACGUACCAGAUGUGCAAGAUGAGCUACAAGGAGCAAAGCAUCCACCUUGCCGGCCAGGUUGCCUUCCUCAAGGCCUGGAGCACGCGCGUCUCGCACGAAGUCGCCGACAGCUCGGUGCAGAUAUUUGGCGGCCGCGGUAUUACCAAGAGCGGCAUGGGCAAGUUCAUCGAGGAGUUCAAUCGCACGUACAAGUUCGACGCCGUCCUCGGUGGCUCAGAGGAGGUCCUGUCCGACCUGGGCGUCCGACAGGCGCUGCGCUUCAUGCCAGAUAACUAUAAGCUCUGAGGAGGUUGCUAAGGGCAUGUAGUUUACCAUACGUCCUCCGCCUCCGACUGGAUCGCCUGCAGGCAUCGUGGCACGCGUACACUCCCGCGUGCUGCAUCUGUCCUUGCCUUGCCAAAUGCAGCUGCCUGUGUGCGCUGUGGCUGUCCUGUUUUGUUGUACACGAAGGCCGGCGGGCUCAGCGGCUCCGCGCGGCAGUCUCUCACUUUUUCUCGUAGGUAACAAUUGAACUACACGAUAUGCAA